AACGUACUCGACCCGGGUCUGUUGGCGAAGAAAACGAACCCCCGGGGGGACCCGGGGAGGCAAAUGAGAAUGGACAUAAUCCUGACUUGAAGCCCUGAGUACUUUUGCCCCGUACACUUUUCCCGUAUUCAGUACAGCACAACAUUCAAGGUCCUUGCUAGAUGUACAGAUCCUUGGAAAAUGGAAAUGGCUGCAACAGGGUGGCCUCAGGAGCUGGUGACUUUUGAAGAUGUGGCCUUGUAUUUCACACAAGGGCAGUGGGCUCUGCUGGAUCUGAAUCAAAGAGCUUUGUACAGGGAAGUCAUGCAAGAGAAUUACAAUCAUGUCGCUUCCUUAGGAUUUCCACUUGUCAAGCCUGGUUUGAUCUCCUGGCUUGAGCAAGAGCCGUGGUCUGCAGAACAGCUGGGUUUGGAGGAGACGGAGGCUCCCUCAGAACAAAGCACAGGGUUUCCUGAUGUGAUAAUAAAGCUGGAGGAGGAAGGGGGUCCAUGGAACCUGCAUCAGCAGGAAUCCAACACCUUCGCAGGACUUCCUGACGUUCUAAUAAAGCAAGAGCAGGAAGAGGAACCAGGGGUCUUGGAUGAUCAGAGAACUGAGGAACGGCCCAGUGCUGCUGGCGACCAAUCGGGGUUUCCUGGUGUGAUAAUAAAGGUGGAGCCGAAAGAGGAACCCUGCCUCCCAGUGCUCCAAACACCUGUGGGAAGCGCAUCUGUUUUGGGUGUCCACCCAGGCAGCAGGUGUGAGGAAAAAGGAGAAGAGGGUCUUCCAGGAAGCGCUCACCUAGUGGCAGCAAACAAAAUACCCUUAGGAAUUACCGAAGGGAGCAUUUCACAGUACCAAGAUAUCGCCAAGAACCGAGGCAGAGAAGAGAGGCAUCAGAGAAAUGACCUGGGAGAGAGAUCAGGAAAGGCUUUACCUUCUUGGGGAGGUGGAAAAAGUGAAACCAAAAUGGAAAAGAAAAUUCACAAGUAUGGGAGAACUCUUCAAAAAGGAGAGAAACAUUAUAAACAAUUAGGAUGUGAGAAGAGAAUGAAUGGGAGCUACUGCCUGGUUUCUCAGAGCAAAGGCCGCAAAGGAGAAAAAAUCCAUUCUUGUUCAGUCUGUGGUAAAAGCUUCAAGUGGAAAAGUAACCUGAUUAUCCACGAAAGAAUCCAUACAGGAGAGAGGCCGUAUGCGUGCUCAAUCUGUGGUAAAAGCUUCAGCAAAAGAUCGUACCAUGCUGUUCAUGAGCGAAUGCACACACAAGAAAAGACAUACACUUGUUCAGUGUGCAAUAAGAGCUUCAUCCAUAAAGUCAGCCUUAGGAGGCAUGAACAAGUCCACACAGGAGAGACCCCGUAUAAAUGCUCAAACUGUGGGAAGGGCUUUCGUCAGAAAUGUAACCUCCUUUCUCAUGAAAGAAUCCACACAGAAGAAAGGCCUUACCCAUGUUCAUUCUGCGGCAAAAGUUUUAAACGAAGAUCAAACCUCAACAGCCACAAAGUCAGCCACACGGGAACAAAAACAAAUAUGUGCUCGAUCUGUGGUAAAAGCUUCAGUCAUAGAUCAAACCUUGUUAGCCAUGAAAGAACUCACACCGGAGAGAAACCAUUUUCAUGCACUAUCUGUGGUAAAAGUUUCACUGACAGAACACACCUUAUUAAACAUGAGAGAACUCAUACAGGUGAGAAACCCUAUAUGUGCUCAAUCUGUGGGAAUAGCUUUAGCCACAAAUCAAAUCUGGUUAGCCACGAAAGAACCCACACAGGGGAAAAACCAUACCCGUGCUCAGUUUGCGGCAAAAGUUUCACAGAUAGAGCAUAUCUUCUUAAACACCAGAGAACUCAUACAGGAGAUAAACCAUUCAAAUGCUCUGUCUGUGGGAAGAGCUUCAGUCGCAAGGAUUACCUUAUUAGACACAAGAUAAUCCAUACCGGAGAGAAACCAUACAUGUGCUCAGUUUGCGGGAAGAGUUUCAUGUGGAAAAGUUACCUGUCUAUUCAUGAAAGAAUCCACACAGGAGAGAAACCGUAUACAUGCUCUUUCUGUGGUAAAAGCUUCAGUGAAAAAUCAUACUACGUCGUACAUGAACAAAUGCAUACAGCGGAAAAAAUACAUGCUUGUUCAGUCUGUAGUAAAAGCUUUGUUCAUAAAGUAAGCCUUACCAGACACCAGCAAGUCCACUCGGGCGAGACACCACAUAAAUGUUCGGUUUGUGGGAAAGGCUUCAGUCAAAAAUGUAGCCUUAUUUCACACACAAAAAGCCACACAGAAGAAAGACCUUUCACAUGCUCCUUCUGCGGCAAGAGCUUCAAGCGAAGGUCAAAUCUCACCAGUCACGAAAGAAUCCAUACAGGAGAGACCCCCUAUGUGUGCUUGGCCUGUGGCAAAAGCUUUAAUUGUAAAGCACAUCUUCUCGGACAUGAGAGAACUCAUACAGGGGAGAAACCAUAUUCAUGCUCGGUUUGUGGGAAGAACUUCGGUAACAAGUCACAGGUGGUUAUACACGGGAGGAUACAUACAGGGGAAAAACCAUACACUUGUUCACACUGUGGGAAAAAGUUCAAGCACAGGACAAGCUAUACCGAGCAUCAAAAAAUCCACAUGGAGGAGAAACCGUUCAUAUGCUCAGCCUGCGGCAGGAGCUUCAGUCGCAAGGAGCACCUGAAUAUCCACGAGAGAAUCCACACGGGAGAGAAGCCAUAUUCGUGCUCGGCCUGUGGGAAAAGCUUCAAGCAGAAGUCAAGCCUUACUUCACACGAGAGAAGCCACUCGGCCGAAAAGCCGCACUCAUGUUCCACCUGUGGCAAAACUUUCAGGAAUCAAGUAUACCUGAGGAGACAUGAAAAAAUUCAUAGGAGAUAAAGGUCGAAAUGUGUUUGAAAAGCCUCAAAAGGAGCUUCUCGUCCUCGUUAGACUUUAUUUAAGCAUCAGAAAGGUGAAGGU